UCCAAUCCUUUUGCCCGCCACCAUUGAUAAACGCAUAGCGAGAACUUCGUGGCGGCAAUGAAUCCGCCAAAGCAUAAACAUUUCUCUGUGACUGAAACCAUCACCCUCAAGUAACUUUAAAAUCUCAGCGAUGGCGAUGAAACCCAGUCGCCACUUUUGCCCAACCAUUAUCACGAAGACGAAGCUUUUAAACCCAUUCCAAAGCCUCCGUUUCUUAAGGUACAACAACAGUUCCUCGAUUUCAGUACCGACCCGUAACGCUAUUAUUGCAUCUGGUUCGAGUAGUGAUCAAACUCAAUCAAAAAGGUUUAGCCUUUCUCCUGUGAACAAGGUAAAGAGUAGUAACGGUGAGUGGUUAGAGAAUUGGAACAGAACCCAGAAACGGAAUCAACCUAAACCUCCGAAGAUAGUUGUAAAUUACAGAAAAGAAGAUAGAUUUACGAGUGGUGAUUCCAUUAGUAGAGAUGGUGAUGGCAUUACAAUGGGGAAGAUUGUGGAGAAGUUGAGAAAGUAUGGUUACAUGGAAGGUGGUGAUGGUAGUAAGGAGGUUGAGCAAGAGAGGAGGAUCGAGAAAGGUUCAGUGGAGGAUAUAUUCUACGUUGAAGAAGGGAUGUUACCGGAUACAAGAGGUGGGUUCAGUGAGGAGUCAGUGCUCGGAAGCAGUGGUGAAGUUGGGUUUCCUUGGGAGAAGAUAAGUGCUGAGAAGAGGAAAGAGUUGGAGUCUGAGUGGAGUGCUAAGAAGGAGAGUAGAUACUCUCUUGCUGAAAUGACUCUUCCGGAGUCUGAGCUAAGGAGAUUGAGGAAUCUGACGUUUAGGACGGCGAGCAAGAUGAAGAUCCGGGGAGCAGGUGUGACUCAGGUGGUGGUUGAUGCGAUUAAGGAGAGGUGGAAGGGGUCUGAGAUUGUGAGGUUGAAAAUUGAAGGAGCAAGCGCGCUUAACAUGAGGAAGAUGCAUGAGACAUUAGAGAGAAAGACUGGUGGUUUGGUGAUUUGGAGGUCAGGGACUUCCAUCUCUUUGUACAGAGGUGUCAGUUAUGAGCUUCCUGCAGGAAAAUGGAACAAGCAGAAAAGAGAGGAGAAGUCACCUUCUUCCUUACCUGCAAUUACAACAACGGUGGAAAGUAGAGAUGAAGAAGUGUAUCUUCCUCAGCAAAGCCAGGAGACAACUAGUGUGGAAAAGAAAGACCAAGAGGAGACAUUUCAUCCGGAAGUAGAAUACGAAGAUGAAAUUGAAGAACUGUUAGACGGUCUUGGCCCUAGAUUCAAGGACUGGACUGGAGAUCAUCCAUUACCUAUAGAUGCUGAUUUGCUUCCAGGAGCCGUUCCUGGUUACGAACCGCCUUUCAGGAUACUUCCUUAUGGAGUGAGAUCGUCUCUUGGACCAAAGGAGGCAACAGCUUUGAGAAGACUUGCUAGAAUUCUCCCUCCACAUUUUGCUUUAGGUCGAAGUAGGCAGCUCCAAGGCUUGGCAACAGCAAUGGUUACGUUAUGGGAAAAGAGUAUGCUUGCAAAGAUUGUGAUUAAACGUGGCGUACAGUUGACCACCAGUGAGAGAAUGGCUGAAGACCUCAAGAAAUUGACAGGAGGGAUACUGCUCUCUAGGAACAAAGACUACUUAGUUUUCUACAGAGGGAAGAACUUCUUGUCACGAGAAGUAGCUGAGGCAUUGGUGGAGCAAGAGAGAUUUGUAAGGAGUUUACAAGACGAAGAAGAAGAGGCACGUUUAAGAGGAUCAUCGGCUCUGAUUGUCCCAAGUACUGAACCUACUAAUAAACUUACUUCUGCUGGUACCCUUGGUGAAACUCUUGACGCGACUGGUAAGUGGGGAAAGAAUCUGGAUGAUGGUCAUCAUGCAGAAGAAGUGAAACACGAGGUUGAGAAAUUGAGGCAUGGAAAUCUUGUCAGGAAGCUGGAAAAGAAACUUUCUUUUGCCGAGAGAAAGCUCUUGAAAGCUGAACGUGCUUUGGCUAAGGUUGAAGAGUGUCUACAGCCAGCAGAGCAGAGAGCAGACUUAGAAAGCAUAACUGAUGAAGAGAGGUUUAUGUUCCGCAAACUCGGUUUGAAGAUGAAAGCUUUCUUACUUCUAGGUAGGCGAGGAGUGUUUGAUGGUACGGUGGAGAACAUGCACCUGCACUGGAAAUACCGAGAACUUGUCAAAAUAAUCGUGAAAGCUAAAACUUUUGAGGGUGUGAAGAAAGUGGCAUUAGCCCUUGAAGCCGAGAGUGGCGGUAUCUUGGUUUCUAUAGACAAGGUUUCUAAAGGAUAUGCCAUUAUUGUUUAUAGAGGAAAAGACUAUAAGCGUCCACCCAUGUUGAGGCCGAAGAACCUUUUGACAAAGAGAAAGGCUUUAGCACGUUCCAUUGGACUCCAAAGACGCGAGGGCCUUAUAAAACACAUCUCGGCAAUGCAUGCAAGAGCAGAACAGCUUAGAGCUGAAAUUGAACAAAUGGAGAAGAUAGCAGACAAGGGAGAUGAAGAGUUAUAUAACAAGCUUGCUGUGACUUAUGCUUCUAGCGACGAAGAAACAGAUGAAGAAGGAGAUGAUUCAUAUGAAGAAGGAGAAGAACCUGAGAUUCUGGCACAAGGAGAGCUGUCUGAAAUAGACGAUGAAGAUUGGGAUUCAGAUGAAACAAGAUUUGGUGAUGAUUAUGUACCUUACGCAAAGGAUUUUCAAACCAAAUCAGAAGAUGUUGUACAUAGGCAAGAAAGUUAGUCUAAAGCUUUAAAGUAGUGAAAAGAAACGAAAUUGAGAGCUAAUUGCUAAAUAGUUGUCCACAUAAAUGAGUUAAACGUUGUCUACGGUAUAACAAGCUUGGCUUAGACUUCAGAUGAAAUACUUUCGACCACGUCACUUUGCCUCCAACACUAAAUAUGCUAUUCUCAAUGUGCUUAUUAAGAAGAAAACAAAGCAUGAUGCAUAUAACGAAAUUGUCUUCCUGGGCUGGGAUAAAGAAUCCUCCAUGGACACACAUCACAAUGUCAAUUUCUCAGGCAGAGAGAACGACAAUGAUUUCACCUACGAGCAAGUCUCUGCCCAGCUCCAAGCAUUAAGGCCUUGCCAAUAGCACUUGAGUGAAGCCCACAAGCCAAUGCAAAUCCUCCUACAACGACCAGUUUCCAAUCUACAUUGAACUGCUCCUUUCGUCUCCUUGCGUUAUCCAUGGCUUGCCCUCUCUCUUCUUCCUCUACCCUCGAUGUCUCCACCAAAUCCAUGUUCAGUUUUGUAGUGAUUCUCGCAAUUUGAGCGCUCCGUGAGAGAGGCACCCCUGAUUUUCUAGCGGUUUGGUAUGCCCUUAAGCCAGAGUUUAGCUUUUUGACGGCUCCCCACAUGCCAUGACGGACUCCCAACUUUGCUACGUCUUUUGGGAUUCCCAUGUCUUCAUAGUGGACAAGAGACACUUCACAAGCCGUUAACUGUCCAUCUCCUUUUCGAGAUUCAACUGCAAUUUAAAGCAUUCCUCUUAGAACCUGACACCAAUACGAAAAGGAAACUUGCAAUUUAAAACCAACUUACCCGCUUUGAUAAUCCAGCUCGAGAAGUAAAGGUCUACUCGCCUCGGUUUAUCACGCUUUGGUAGAGCUGGAUACCGUACUCCCU